AUGAACCCCCACUCGCCCGCCUCGUCAUCGGGCCCUGAGGACGCCGCCGAGAACACAGCCGACGAGGAGGAUUCCGAGGAUUACUGCAAGGGUGGGUACCACCCCGUGCAGAUUGGCGAGAAGUUCAAGGAUGGGAAGUACACGGUCGUGCGCAAGCUGGGCUGGGGUCACUUCUCGACAGUCUGGCUCUCCCGGGACAACACGACAGGCAAGCAUGUGGCCUUGAAGGUGGUACGGUCCGCCAGCCACUACACCGAGACGGCCAUCGACGAGAUCAAGCUCCUGAAGAAAAUCGUCGAGGCGAACCCGAACCACCCCGGCCGCAAGUACGUCGUCAGUCUGCUCGACUCCUUCGAGCACAAGGGGCCAAAUGGCGUGCACGUAUGCAUGGUGUUUGAAGUGCUGGGCGAGAACCUCUUGGGGCUCAUCAAGAAGUGGCAUCACCGCGGUAUCCCGCGGGAUCUUGUCAUGCAGAUCGCAAAGCAGGUUCUGAUGGGUCUGGACUACCUUCACCGAGAAUGCGGCAUCAUCCACACCGACCUCAAACCCGAAAACGUACUCAUCGAGAUCGGAGACGUGGAGCAGGUUGUCAAGAAGGUGGUUAAGAGCGAGGGUUCAGACAAGGAGAACCACAGGAAUGGCCGGAGGCGCAGACGGACUUUGAUCACGGGCAGCCAGCCUUUGCCAUCGCCUCUCAACGCCUCCUUCAACCGCGACAACAUGUUCCCGUCGCCCAAGUCGCACACUAGUCUCAAUGCCAUGAUGCACGACAAUGCCUCGACAGGUGCUAAGAGCCAGACCGAGAAUCAGGAACAGAGAGAGAAGACUGCGGACAUUCUCACGAAGGAGGUCUCGGGCAUCUCACUCGACAAGAGCGGUACAGGCUCUAGUUCACCCAGCGACAAGAAGAAACGGAAGCGGAAGGGACCCAUCAUCAACGUCAAGAUUGCCGACCUAGGCAACGCCUGUUGGGUUUCGCACCACUUCACGAACGAUAUUCAGACGAGGCAAUAUCGUUCUCCCGAAGUCAUCCUGGGAGGUAAAUGGGGUGCGAGCACUGAUGUCUGGAGCAUGGCCGCCAUGGUGUUCGAGCUCAUCACUGGCGAUUAUCUGUUUGACCCCCAGUCGGGGACCAAGUAUGGAAAGGAUGACGAUCACAUUGCGCAAAUAAUCGAGCUUCUCGGCCCAUUUCCCAAAGACCUUUGGAAGAACGGCCGAUGGUCACAGGAGAUUUUCAAUAAAAGAGGCGAGCUUCGCAACAUUCACCGGCUGCGUCACUGGGCGCUUCCCGAUGUUCUGAAGGAAAAGUACCACUUCAAGGACUCGAAGGAUCUCACGCCCAAGGAACGAGAGGAACGAGAACGCAAGGCCAAGGCGGCCGCCGAGAAGAAGGACGGCGAGGAUGAUGGCGACGAGACGAUGGAGUACCAUCCUUCCGAGGUCGCCAGCUUCUUGAUUCCCAUGCUCGAACUGAUACCGGAAAAGCGGGCGAAUGCAGGCGGCAUGGCGAACCACCCCUGGUUAGACGACACACCUGGCAUGGAAGAUAUCAAGCUUCCAGGUUUGACACCGGGAAGCCGUGGCGAGGGCAUAGAAGGCUGGUCUUAUGAGGUGAAGAAGCGAUAG